CCUCAAACCACUCCUAAUCCACUUGUCCCCGGUCAGUCCACAUGCUCAGUAUGCUCACUGCACUGUCAUGGACUUAGUAACCAAACCAAGAAGUUACAGUUUACUUAGUCACACAUUCAUACAUUCUUUGGAGGACAGAUCAGAUACAAUAUUUAACAGGAUCAGGACACAGUGAAGCAAAAAGGGAACCCAACCAAUAUAAAUCACUGACAUUCAGCAUCAGAUCAACCAUUGGUUUUACUGCAGGGCAAAGUCUAAACUUGCUGAGAAAAGACCAGUAGAUUCAGACGAAAUGUCCUCCCAAGUCAGACUGAGGCUGCUGCCGAGCGCCAGGUGCUUCUUCGAUGAGCCCAUUCAGGUGAAGGUGGCCGGGCUGAGGUCGAGACAGGUGGUCACCAUGAGAGCCAGACUGACAGAUGAGAAGGGAGUGGUGUUCAGCUCCUCAGCCACCUACAGGGCUGAUGGGAGCGGGGAGAUCGACCUGAAGAGAGACCCCUCGCUCAGUGGCAGCUAUGUUGGGGUUGAACCCAUGGGUCUGCUGUGGUCGAUGAGGGCGGACACCUUGCACAGAAAGUUUCAAAAAACAAAUGCACUAAACCCCCACGUGGUGAAGUUCUCUGUACACGAGGGGGAGGGCAGCAUGCUGGCAGAGGCAGCCAAUGAGAGGCUUCUGAUUGGAGACGGGGUCAGCCUGCUCCCCAUCAAAGAGGGCAAUAUUCAGGGAGUCCUGUUUACUCCCCCAGGAGAAGGUCCGUUUCCUGCUGUGUUGGAUCUGAGCAGCUUUCCAUCUGAGAAAAGAGCCUCUCUGCUGGCAAACAAAGGGUUUGUGGUUCUGGCUGUAGCGGUGAUGACUGAUAAGCCUGACAACGUGAAAGAGAUGCAUCUGGACCACUUUAAAGAAGCAGUGGAUUUCUUACAACAACAUCCUAAGGUGGGCAGUAAAGGAGUUGGUGUAAUAUCACGAUCAAAGGCGGCAGAUAUUGCGCUUUCACUUGCUGCUUAUGUACCAGGUGUUGAGGCCACAGUGUGGAUCAAUGGCUGCAGCGCCAAUACGGCCAUUCCUCUUUACUACAGAAAACGCCAAAUCCUCACACCAUUACCGUUGGACCUUAGCAAGAUGAUUCCUGCUGAGUCAGGGGCCUUUAUUAUCAAGGAUAGUUUUCAAAAUCCCCUGGCAGAGGAAAACAAGGGAAGCCUGAUCCCCAUUGAACAAGCCAAGGGACGUUUCCUGUUUGUGGCUUCAGAGGACGACCUCAACUUUGACACUAAGGCUUACAUGGAGGAGAUGGUGGAGAGACUGAAGCGACAUGGGAAGGACAACUUCGAGAGUGUGUGUUACCCGAGAGCUGGACACCUACUGGAGCCACCUUAUGUACCCUACUGCCCCUCUAGUGUUCAUGGGUUUGCACAACAGCCAGUCCUGUGGGGGGGUGAGCCCAGCUCCCACGCAGCAGCUGAAGUCCACCUGUGGAAGAAGAUCCAGGAGUUCUUCAGAACCCACCUGAGCUGUGAUGCUACACAGGUGUCAUAGGUUGACAUAAAAGGACAAAUAAGAAAAUCACGAGAUCAUGCUGGCAAUUAACCUGAUAUAAUUGUUUAUAAAGCUUAAAUAGCUUUUUUAGGAAUUUCCCCUGCCAUAAGAUGGCACAGAACAGCUCCCUCUGACUCUUUUGUUCCCUUUAAGCUACACCCAUAGAACGUAACAGAUGUAUAUUAUAUAAAUGUAUUUUAGAAUGUGGUAAAAUAUAAAAUUAAUAAUAUAUA